UGUAGAGAGAUGUAGAGUUGUUGGCAAGAGGGCUGAAGUUUUAAAAGGUGUGUUCUGGAUGAGUAAGUCCUAACUGAUGUGUAGACAGAAUGGAAUCUCUGACUCCUGCACCAAACACAGUAGAUAUUAAUCUGAAGAUAACUGGUAUAGAAUGCCAUCCUGAAUGCUUGGUGAUAAUGUUCCAGGGUCAAGACAAGGCACUGUGUGAGCUUGACUAUUACAUACUACAAAAUGAAAUACAACGUGUUUUCAAAGUAAAAGAUAAUGUUUAUGUUGGUGGAUCUUGUUUGGUGGAAGACCCAGAAGGAAAAUGGUAUAGAGGAAGAGUUCUGGAGAAGAGAGAGAAUGUCUGUAAGGCUUUUCUUAUAGACACUGGGCAAGUGCUAAUGGUUGAGGAAACACGUCUUGCUUCUGUUUGUGAUGAAUUGUUCCAGCUGCCUCCAAAGGUGAUUUUGGGUGUUUUUGCAAGCAUACUUCCUCUUGAAGAAAAAUGGAGUAAAAAAGCCAUGAACUAUUUUUCAUCUCUGGUAGGAUUACAGAUUACAGGUCAUGUGAAAGCUGUUAUACCAUACCAACUGUUUAUUCUGGAAGUGCCAAAGAUCAUUAGUGAUGUUCUUGAAUUGCAGUUGGGAAAAAUUAUUGAUGGAGAUUCAUUUUGUCUUAUUGUAGAAACAUUAAGAGCAUUUCCUCAAGAAAUGCUUUGUAAGAGAGUACCACAGUUGUUACAACAGAAGAUUGCAGUGAAGGAGUUGCUUACUUGCAGUAAUUCUGAGAAACCAACAGAUUUUUGUCUAGUUCCAGGUGAUCUUUUUCCACAUCUACCUAUUGGCAGUAACGAAAAUGUGAAAGUGACUGUGGCAGUAAGCCCAAAUAAAUUUUACUGUCAGAUACAGAAGUGGCAGAAAGAGCUGGAAGAUUUGACAGGGGCUAUGCAUUUAUACUAUGAAGCUAUCAGUACAGAAAAUAAUAAAACCUCUGAUAGUUUAGGGCUACUCUGUGCUGCCAAAAGGCAGAAUGGACAGUGGCAUAGAGGAGUGGUAAAACAGCUGCUGUCUGACCGUGUGGAAGUCUGGUUUAUGGAUCUUGGCAGUAUUGAAGCUGUGCCAUACAGCAGCAUUCAGAAACUCAGAGCCGAGUUCAUGGCAUUGCCAAUGAUUUCAUUUCCAUGUGCGCUGUCUUGUUUUGGUAGUGAGGAUGAAACAGCAAUAAAAUAUCAGCUGAAAGAACUUACAGAGGCCCUGAUAGGACAAACUUCUGUAUAUGUCCAUGUUGAUUUAUUCGAUAACGUUAAAUGCUUGUACUAUGUUACACUGCAAAAUCAGGAACGUGGAGUUAAGGCUGAGCAUCCAGAAAACCUGAAUGAGGCAGCUGCAGCAUGGGUCUCGUUUUCAGAAAAAAAAAUCACAACUAUUGCUGUGAACUACAAAGUCUGUGAUAAGAGGUAUGAUUCUCAUGAUUCUGGAAGUAAACCUACAAAAAGCUGCUUACCUGAAUGGGAUAGUUCUUUGUCAAGCCACUGCAAAAGAGUAGAAAUGCAGAUGAAUUCCUUCCAUACUGCUUUUGUGGUAUAUGUCAUAAAUCCAUCCGACUUCUGGAUUCAAACAUGUGAAUAUCAGAAUGAAUUUCAGGCCUUGAUGAAAAAUAUUGCAGAUGUGUAUAAUGGAUGUGGAGCUGAUGAAAUGGUCCUUAAAAACCCAGAACCUGGAUCACUGUGUUGUGCCCGGUAUAGCAAAGACAUGCUUUACUAUCGGGGUGUUGUCACUGAAGUGCUUAAUGUAAAAACUACUGUGUAUUUUUUGGACUUGGGAAAUACAGAUAGAGUACCCUGCUCUGAUGUGAAGACAUUGCUUCCUGAGUUUUCUGAUUUACCAGCUUUAGCUGUUUGUUGUACACUUGCUUGCACGUUCCCUGUUGAUGGUGUGUGGGUUAAAAAGGAAAUAGAUUUCUUCAAAGAAAUGGUGUUAAACAGACUAUUGUGGCUUCAUGUCAUUGGAAAGCAAAAAAACAAGUAUAUUGUUAACAUGCACUCUACAAAUGGUUUGCAGCUAGGAAGUAUUGCCACGUGUAUGAUUCAAGCUGGAUAUGCUGAACACUGGCAAAAGACACCAAAUUCUGUUCUAAAGCUGACAAGAAGAUGUAAAAACCUGAAUCCCCACAGAUUAAAAAAGAAAAAAACAAAUUUGCAGAGCAUCUGUAAUAGCAAAAAUAAGGUGUCUGGAAAGGCAGCAAGAUUUCAGAAAGAAAAAUCAUUAAGCGUGCCUUCAGUGCUGAGAGAAUCUGUUGUGCUGUCCUGUUUUGGAGAAGGUGCUGUCUCUAAAAGAUGUAUAUCAGUAUGUGAGAAAAAAAUAUUUUAUAAAGAGUAUGUGUUUAAUCCAGGAGCUGUUUUUGAAGUGGUGUGUUCUUACAUAGUUUCCCCAGCAGAUUUUUCAUGUCAGUUGCAAAGCAAACUGCCAGAGCUAAAUAAAUUAAUGGAACAAAUUCAGACUUACUAUAAAGCACAAGAGAGUCCUUACGAAACUGGUCAGGUUGCCUGUAUUGUUAAAUAUCCCAAAGAUGGGAAGUGGUACAGAGCAAGUGUUGUGCAACAAGUAUCCACAGAUGAAGUUGAUGUGGUGUUUGUAGAUUAUGGUUAUCGGGAAAGAGUUUUACUUGAAGAUCUUCAAGCAGUUCUUCCAGAUUUCCUAGCUCUAGAAAGGCAGGCGUUUCGUUGUGCACUUAAAAAUGUACCCUUAGAGACUGACUUGCUUGAUGGGUCUCAAGAAAUGUGUAGACAUUUUGAAGACUUCAUUUCUGCUUCUAUAGGACCUCUGACUUGCAUUAUUUAUGCUCGUAUUCUUCUAAGUCCUGACUGUUUAUGCAAUAUAGUUGACUUGCAGACUCCAUUUACUAGUGCAGAGGAAUUCCUGGGAGAAUGUGGUCUCACCCAGUCUGAAUAUAUUGGUCUCAGAAACCCUUCAUCUUUGGGUUCUCUGUGCAGUUUUUGCUACUCAUCUUUUAAUAUAAAAAUUGGAAGUGAGGAGGAAGUUUAUAUAACUCAUAUACAUAGUCCUUCCAAAUUCUAUUGUCAGCUUAAUCGAAACACUGAAACUAUAGAGGCAUUGAUGAGGAAGGUUGGUAUCAUAAGUAAAAUCUCAAAUAAUGCAAAAUACGAUACCAGCAAGACACAAUUGUGUAUAGCCAGGUAUUUUGAAGAUGGUCUCUUUUAUAGAGCUUUGGCUUUUCCUGUGGAAUCGACAUCCUAUGUAUGUGCUGACUUUGUGGAUUUUGGAAAUAAGACUAUGGUAGAGAGAGACCAGUUGAUGCCUAUUCCAGAUUUUGCCACUGACUUAAUAUUCACACCCAUGCAAGCUAUUAAAUGCUGUCUGUCAGAUUUUAGGGAUGCAAAAAUUCCCGCAAGAGUUAUUACAUGGUUUGAGGAAGCAUUCCUUGGUAAACUGCUGAAGGCUGUAAUUGUAUCCAGAGAAUCAGAUGGACGGCUUGUUGUGGAGCUGUAUGAUGAACAGCUCGAAGUUAGUCAGAAAAUUAAAGAAAAAGUAGUGGAAGAAUUGGCACUGAAAAAUGUUAAUGGAGGAGUCAUACAUCACAUGAAAGGUGACAAGGAAAUCAGUAAAGUACCUGUAAAAAAUCCUGAAAGAGUUAAAUUGAAAACUGAAGUGAAAUGCCCACUAAUUUAUGAGCAUUAUGAGACAGAUACUGCACAGAAAUUUGAAGAUGGAGAGCAGACUGCCUGUAGCACCCAGAAGUUUUGUAGUGAGUCCUCAAAACGAUUAACUUUACAGGACAGUGAAGAAAAAGGUUUUAGAAAUACUAUCAGUGGUGUUCUGGAGCACAGAGAGGAUCCUGAGGUUGGAGAGCCUGCCUUGCAAUUAUUCUCUCAUCCUGCUUUAAAUUCAGAGGAAGUAACUUUAAAUGCUCUCUCUGUAUCUCAUAACGAAAGACUAAAUAGUACAGAUCAGCACGAAAGGAGUAAGGAAAAUACGCCUAAGUUAAUUAGUCUUCCUCAACAUGCUAUUCAGGUGAAUUCUGAAGUAACGGGCUAUAUUUCUCAUAUGGAUAGUCCAUCAAGUUUCUAUGUUCAGCUUGCAGAGGAUGAAAACUUAAUCAUACAACUAGCAGAAGAAUUAAAUGAAAGCAUGGUCAAUAUAGGUCAUGAAAAUUGCUUAGAUGAGCUCAUGGCCGGGGAUCUCAUUGUAGCAGAAUAUGAUGCUGAUUGUUGUUACUAUAGAGCAGUUAUUAAAACUCUGAAAUCAGGAAACUCUUCUGAGGUUGAGUUCAUUGACUAUGGCAAUGCAGCAGUUGUAAGUCACUCAAAAAUCUGCAGGAUUCAGGAAAAGUUCUUAACUUUGCCAAGGCUCAGUUUUCAUUGUUUCCUUAGCAGAGCAGAAAGUAUUCCUGAUGAAAACUGGACUAAUAAAAGUACUUCCUGUUUUGUAAGUAACAAGCCAGUCACUUGCAAGUUCUUACAGCAACAUGGAGAGCAGUGGGAAGUAGAUCUAAUUUGUGAUGGAAAGUCCAUGUCUAAUGACCUUCUGCAGAUAAAAGAUAGGACAAGGUGGCAAAACAGACCAAUGCAUAAUGAGAAAAACAGGCAAAACCAGCUUCUGGUUACAAGUUCUAAUCCUCAAGACAGAAAGUCUCGGAAUGGUCUAGGUGGUCAAAGUAAAACUAAGGCUGUUAGGAUGAAAAAUAUUCCUAAACCACCUUUAAGUAUCUCUCCUCAAAAUCUAAAUUCUGGGCAGGUAGAACAAGCAAAAGUAACAAAUAUUUCAGAGAGUGGAGAGUUUCAUGUACAGUUACAUAGAAAUUUGCACAUGUUACGUGAGUUGAAUCUAAUGCUUGCCAAAGAAGCACAAAGAAAUGAUUUACUUAGGGUGGAUGACAUUAAAGAAGGAUUGGAAUGCAUGACACAAUCUGAAAGGACCUUGAAGUGGUAUCGAUCAAAAGUGGUAGAGAAAUUUGUCAGCAGUAAUUUAAUGCUAGUUUUUUUCAUGGAUGAUGGGAAGUGUGAGAUGGUGUCCUUAAGUAGUGCAAAGAAGCUCAGUGACAAGAUUAAAAGUAUUCCUAAACAAGCUGUGUUUUGUAAAUGGGUUUGGUUUAAAAACCUUAAGAAAAUUCAUUUCGUCCAUGUAGUAAAUGUACUCCUGGGUUGUGAAAUAAGGAUCUUGUUUUUGAGGUAUUUGGGAUCCUCUCAUAUCUGGGAAGUAGAUAUUUUAAUAGGGGAAGUUCUGCUUCAGGAGUAUUUGAACCAGCUCUUCAGUAAUUAUUCGACUGUUGUUGGAACAGAACAAUACAGUGGUGCAAACUAUAAGGAGUUUGAUACAUCAUUCAGGAGAAAUUCAGUCACGUGGACUCUGCUACAGAGUGGCAGAAGGUAUCCUGGGUUUGCCACUGCAGUUACUGAUCCUUCAAAUUUCUACAUCCAGUUUGAAGUCUUAUUUAAUUACAUGGAAAACUUGUCUUUGAUGCUCUCUGACCUUAAUGACAACUUGCCAGCUUUGCCAGAAGAACUUGUGGCUCCUGGUACUAGCUGCUUGAUCAAGUUUGGACAGGAAGCACAGUGGAACAGGGCAGAAAUUAGUGAAGUAACAAGGCAGUCUGUUGAUCUUAAGUUUAUUGAUUAUGGCUGUCUGAAGAGCAUCCCUUACUCUGAUAUCCAUAAACUUAAAGUAAUUCCAAAGAGUCUGUCUUUUUUACCUGGGUUGGCACACUCUUGCUCUUUACAUGAUACAGUUCCUGCCAAGGGGGAAUACUGGAGUGCUGAAGCUAAACUUCUGUUUCAGAACUUUCUUAGUAAACCCGGUCUGAUGUUUCAUUUAAAACACUAUGGUUCUGAAAUGAAAUUAGAGGUUGAUGUUCUAUGUGAGGAGACCAAUCUAGCUCAUGCUUUAAUUGCGGCUGGUCAUGCAGUCUGUUCUGGAGGUACGUGCUGCCUCAUUCCAGCUGGCACAGUUGAAUCAGAAAAAGCAGAUUUGUUCCCUGAGUGUUCGUAUUCCAGUUAGUGAGCUUCUCUUUGUGAACCAGAUUAUAGCAAAAUCUCUUAGAUUGCAGACAGACAGAAAGCAAAUAAAAAAAGUAUUUGAAGAUUAGGACUAUCUGAUAACGUUUCAAAUAAGGAGGACUGGUAAAGUGGGUGCUGAAACAUGAUUGACAAUCUGAGUACAUGUAACACUGACAGAAAAGAAACACUGCAACAGAUGGACAAUGCUGUGAAGUGGUUUGGUUUUUUUUCAGCAUUGUGAUGAUAAUGCAGAGUAAACCUGCUGCCAGAAGCCCUAGUUGAGACUUGUGAUUCUGAUGUUCCACAGUGUAGAAAGAUAGUAAAAAAUAGAAGAUACGAUCAAAAUAAUUAUUUGAAUAUUAAGUAGAUUGCAGCUAGGAAAGUACUUCUUCAGUGCAUUUAAAAAAUACUUAAAUGCAUUUAAAAACAUAAUUUAAAAAUGCUGAUGUUGGCAUAUUUGUUUUCCCUGCAAUAUCUCUUGUAUUUAUUACAAUCAUGGUUUUGUCAAACAUCUCUGUCAGAGGGCUUUUACAAUUUGUGUGUAUAUAAAACAGAAAUGUCUGCUUGAUUUGGAUGCUCAGAAAACAAAGACCCAGGCAUUUUCUUCUUGUUUCUAGUUCCAAAGUUCCUGUGAGAGUAUUUUUCCUCCGCUUAGGAGAAAGUUCACAAAGCCAGAAACAUGAAUACCCCUUGAGGGUAGAGACACCCAUUAAGUUGUUUGCAGUUAACUCUCGCUGUAAAGAUGCAGUUGACCUGUCCCUAGGUUCUCUUUAGGCGGUGUCUGAGUUUCAUCACAGCUGGGGUCAAUCACUGCUGAGUGUUCAUGUUUCUGGUAAGUAGGAGAGGCUGUACUUUUUAUCUAAGUGAAAGAAAAUGCCAUUUAGAGUUUGGAAAUUUAGGUAUCUUUUCCUAUUUGUUUUUGGGCAAGCGUAAUUCUGAGCAAAAACACUACUUUGAUUUGGCAAAAUUGAAUUGAAAACUACAGUUUAUGAUUUGGUUGUAUUUCCUAAGUGUAUUUCUGU